GUAGUUGGGGGGGGGACGGCUGGUACAGCCCUGGCGUCGCUCUCCUCAGUCUCCUUCUGCGGUCCCCUCUCUCCCCACGAAGCGAGGAGGGAAGGCAGUCUCAUUUCCACACUUUUACCGCUUCCUCCGCAGCAAACCCUGCCAGCUCCCCUCACCCUAUAUAGGUCAUUAACAGCAUAAAGACAACAAAAUAAUUAUUUAAAAGAAAAAAAAUCAAGUUUUUUUCUUCUUCUUUUUUCUUCUCCUUCUUCAUCUUCUUCUCCGAAACUGAGUCGGGGGGGGGGCGUUAUUUUGCGUGUAUUUUUCCACACUUUGAAAUUCCGACUGGAUAUUAUUUACAGGACAGGACGCCGAGUGUCUUCCCUCCCCCCGUUCCCCUUUUUUUUUUUUUAGAUUUUCCUUGUGAUAUUGACCCCCCUCCCGGUACAUCCCUCCGGUCCGGAGCGCGGACACGGCGCACAUGCAUCACAUACAGUCGAGUUGAUCUAUCAUACUGGAAUCAAUCGCGGGAGGAAAUUGCAAGCAACGGCAAGAAAGCAAAGAUCCCGAGAAAGACAAGUGCUGCCUUCUGGGAUGGGGAGCUCUGAGAGGCCCGAUGUGAUUGGACGUCAGUUUUUCCAGGUGGUCAAAUAUUAAAUCCUGAUUGGACAGUGGAAACAAAGGAUCCUGCCCCUCAUACCCUCGUGCAGUAGUGGAUCAUGUCGAGGCCAGGGGGAGUCGUAUGGCUACCGUUCAUCUUCACUCCCAUCUGCGCAAUGCUGAAUGUGAAUUUGAUCUUCUGGAUUACAGCCCUGGCUGUGAGGUUCACGGUCAUCAGCUGCCAACAAGUGCACCACACCAUUGUGACAACAAACUACGGGAAGCUGCGUGGAUUAAAAACGCCAUUGCCCAAUGAAAUCCUGGGGCCCGUGGAGCAGUACCUGGGGAUCCCGUACGCCUCUCCGCCCACAGGGGAACGGAGAUUUCAACCCCCUGAACCGCCUACUUCUUGGCCUGGCAUCCGCAAUGCCACACAGUUUGCACCCGUCUGCCCGCAGUACUUAGAAGACCGGUUUUUGCUCAAUGACAUGUUGCCCGUUUGGUUCACGGCCAAUUUGGAUACAGUGGUAACCUAUGUCCAGGACCAAAAUGAAGACUGCCUUUACUUAAACAUCUAUGUCCCCACAGAGGAUGACAUACAUGAUGAAAAUGGCCUAAAACCAGUUAUGGUCUACAUUCAUGGAGGCUCCUACAUGGAAGGAACUGGAAACAUGGUCGAUGGGAGCAUCCUGGCAAGCUACGGCAACGUCAUCGUGGUGACCAUCAACUACAGGUUGGGCGUGUUGGGCUUUCUAAGUACAGGGGACCAAGCUGCGAAAGGGAACUAUGGAUUACUCGACCAAAUCCAAGCACUGAGGUGGAUCAAGGACAAUAUCCAGGCUUUCAAAGGGGAUCCAAAGAGAGUCACAAUAUUUGGAUCCGGUGCAGGAGCUUCCUGCGUGAGCUUGCUUACACUGUCCCACUACUCUGAAGAUCUUUUCCAGAAAGCUAUCAUCCAGAGUGGGACGGCUCUGUCCAGCUGGGCAGUGAACUACCAGCCUGCCAAAUACACCCGGAUGCUGGCAGAGAAGGUUGGCUGCAACAUGCUCGACACCAUAGACUUGGUGGAGUGCCUGCAGAACAAGAACUACAAAGAGCUCAUAGAGCAGUACAUCACUCCCGCAAAGUACCACAUCGCUUUCGGCCCUGUCAUCGACGGCGACGUCAUACCGGAUGACCCGCAGAUUUUGAUGGAGCAAGGCGAGUUCCUCAACUAUGACAUCAUGCUUGGGGUCAACCAGGGCGAGGGAUUUAAAUUCGUGGAUGGCAUCGUGGACAGCGAGGAUGGCGUAUCCGCCAACGAUUUCGACUUUGCUGUGUCUGAUUUCGUCGACCACCUGUAUGGCUAUCCCGAAGGGAAGGACACUCUUCGAGAGACGAUUAAAUUCAUGUACACCGACUGGGCAGAUAAAGAGAAUCCAGAGACCCGGAGAAAGACAUUGGUUGCGCUUUUCACCGAUCACCAGUGGGUGGCGCCGGCCGUGGCCACGGCAGACCUUCAUGCUCAGUAUGGUUCGCCCACCUACUUCUACGCUUUCUACCACCACUGCCAGAGUGACAUGAAGCCCAGCUGGGCAGACUCGGCACACGGAGACGAGGUUCCUUACGUCUUUGGAAUCCCCAUGAUUGGCCCAACAGACCUCUUCAACUGCAACUUCUCCAAAAAUGAUGUCAUGCUGAGUGCCGUUGUCAUGACCUACUGGACCAACUUUGCCAAAACAGGAGAUCCAAACCAGCCGGUUCCUCAGGACACAAAAUUCAUUCACACGAAACCAAAUCGUUUCGAGGAAGUGGCCUGGUCCAAGUACAAUCCCAAGGACCAGCUUUAUCUCCACAUUGGCCUGAAGCCCAGGGUCAGGGACCACUACAGGGCCACCAAGGUGGCCUUCUGGCUUGAGCUCGUGCCCCACUUGCACAACAUAAACGAGCUCUUCCCGUACAUCUCCACGACCACCAAGAUUCCCCCUCAGGACACAACGCCCUUUCCGUACACCAAGCGCCUGUCCGGGAAGACAUGGCCAUCCACUACUCGGCAUCCCGCCAUCCCGCCGUCCAACACCAAGCAAGUGACGGACCAGCGGAAAACCGGCGACCCUGGCGACUCCUCGGUUGUCAUGGAGAACAAGCGCGACUACUCCACGGAGCUGAGCGUGACCAUUGCCGUGGGCGCCUCGUUGCUCUUCCUCAACAUCCUGGCCUUCGCGGCGCUCUACUACAAGAAGGACAAGAGGCGCCACGAGUCAAACCGGCGGCCCAGUCCGCAGAGGAGCGCCGUCAACGACGUGGCGCACAUCCAGAACGAGGAGAUCAUGUCCUUGCAGAUGAAACAGCUGGAGCACGAGCACGGGUGCGAGGCCCUGCAGGCGCAGGACACGCUGCGGCUCCCCUGCCCACCGGACUACACCCUCACCCUGCGACGCUCCCCGGACGACAUCCCGCUCAUGACGCCCAACACCAUCACCAUGAUCCCCAACUCGCUGGCUGGGAUGCAGCCGCUGCACACCUUCAGCAAUUACGGCGGCAGCCAAAACAGUACUAACCUCCCGCAUGGGCACUCCACCACGCGAGUAUAGCUUCUUCGCGAGUUGACUUUGUCUGGAGAAGGAAAAGUGCGGCUUUUCGCUAGAACUGACCACAGACAAUAAGAUAUUAUUUUGUUACAUAGCCUUCGUAGAAUAUAUUGGAGUCAAACCUGACUUACCUGUGAAAUGUGAAGAGUAUCGCUAUAGGUCAAGCGUCGUUACCAGGUUGCCAUGGUGAUUGUGGCUUCAGGUGUGGACCUCCGGGAGGGUCGAACAAAGAAAAAUGAACUGAACAAUUUAUUCAAUUCCAAACACUGGUAUAGAGAUUAAACCAAGUAUAUUUCUGUGUGUAGCGAGUGAAAACAAGGUUAACUCAAAGAUUUGUAUGUGCCAUACAUUGUACAGUACGCCAGUAACAAGCGGCAAAGAUUUUGCUGUUAAUCAAAAACUUUUCAAAAUGAAAGUGUAAGGACUUCUCAGUAAUACAGUGCAAUGCUGGAGACCCGAGUAAAUUGUAAAAAAAAAAAAAAAA